GAAUUUUCUUGACCUCUGCUUGGUGCUGGUGGCGCUGAGAGCCGAGAGGAAGGAGAAAAUGGAAGUUAAAUCCUUCUUUUUUUUUCUCAGUCUGAAAAGUAAAAUAUAAAAAACUUCAACUUAGUCAAAGCUUAUAAAUGUGGAAGGUUUGGUUGAGGUGAAUUUUUUUUUUUUUUUUGAGAAACUUUGAAGAGAACCAAAAUCAAUAGAGUCAAGCACACCCUUCUCGUUUCUGACUAACGAGUUUGGAAGGGAGUGCUUUGGCUCAUUGCUGUGUUUCCUAUUUUGUGGACGUUAUGGGUUGGAAGAAAUGCAAGAACCUUCAAAGAUCGCAUAUCUUCUCCAGUUUUGUUGUGCUCAAGAGAACAUUUCAGAUACUUGCAAUCUUGUAAGGAGUUGUAAUCCCUAAGGAAUUAUGCAUGUCUGGCGCUGUGGCCCUUGCUGAUAAGGUGGAAGGGGCACUUUCCUAUGCAGAGAGAACAAAAUCACUUGAUCCCAUUUCCUUUAAAAACCAGGGCCAUCCGUCCAUAUUAACAAAUGGAGAAUCUGUUCAUACAUCUGAAACCGCUGGCUUCAGAGUUGCAGAGCUCUUGCUUCCUAAUGGGGAAUCUUAUUCUGGUUCAUUGCUUGGCAACAUACCUGAAGGUUCAGGGAAGUAUGUCUGGUCAGAUGGUUGCAUCUAUGAAGGUGAGUGGAGACGUGGGAUGAGGCAUGGAAAUGGCAAAAUGAAAUGGCCAUCUGAGGUUGUUUAUAACGGUGAAUUUUCAGGAGGUUAUAUGCAUGGAACAGGUACAUUGAUUGGUUCUGGUAACAAGAUCUACAAGGGACGAUGGCGCUUGAAUCUCAAGCAUGGUCUGGGACAUCAAGUUUAUGCAAAUGGAGAUAUCUUUGAAGGCUCUUGGAUCCAGGGAACUCCAGAAGGGCCUGGUAAGUAUACAUGGGCUAAUGGAAAUGUUUAUUUGGGUAACAUGAAAGGAGGGAAAAUGUCUAGAAAAGGAACUCUUAGUUGGAAAAAUGGGGACUCAUUUGAAGGAAGUUGGUUUAAUGGCAUGAUGCAUGGCUUUGGAGUAUAUACAUGGAAUGAUGGUGGCUGCUAUGUUGGAACCUGGACACGGGGUUUGAAGGACGGAAAAGGAGCAUUUUACCCAAAAGGCAGCAGGCUUCCAGCUGUGCAAGAACUAUACCUCAAUGCUUUGAGGAAACGAGGACUGUUGCCAGACGUAAGAAAGCAGGUCUAUGAUUCAAAUAUUCAUCAUGCUUCUUCAGUGGAUAUGGGGAGUGUCAAGCUUAGCAGGACCCAGGGAUCUCGCCGUGGUUCAUCUGAUAAACUCUCCAAGGGAAACCUGUUAAAUUUGGAACAGUCUCGCAGCAGAAAUGUUUCUUUGGAAAGACGCUGGAGUCUUGAGGUAUCUAUUGAAAAAGCAAUUGGACAGGAUACAUCAUUGGGUUUAUCUGAGUCUCUAGUAGACGGUAGCGAGAAAGAGGUUGACAUAAAUGUUCCAAUCCUAGAACGGGAAUACAUGCAAGGUGUUUUAAUCAGUGAACUUGUGUUAGAUAACAGUUUUUCACCACCAUCAAAACGAGGAAAAAAGCGACAAAAGAAACGUGCAAAGGAGUUAAAGAGGCCAGGUGAAACUAUCAUCAAAGGUCACAGGAGCUAUGAUCUAAUGCUAAAUUUGCAGCUUGGAAUCAGGUAUACUGUUGGUAAAAUUACACCCAUGCAAAGGCGAGAAGUUCGGGCCUCAGAUUUUGGUCCACAAGCCAGCUUUUGGAUGAAUUUUCCUAAAGACGGGUCCCAAUUGACACCUCCUCAUCAAUCAGAGGACUUUAAGUGGAAGUACUAUUGUCCAAUGGUUUUCAGGGAUUUGAGGGAGAUGUUCAAGAUUGAUGCUGCUGACUACAUGAUGUCAAUUUGUGGAAAUGAUGCUCUGAGGGAACUUUCUUCCCCAGGGAAAAGUGGUAGUGUAUUUUUCCUGUCUCAAGAUGAUCGUUUCAUGAUAAAGACACUUAGAAAAUCUGAAGUAAAGGUUCUAUUGCGGAUGCUUCCUAAGUAUCAUCAUCAUGUGCGGUCGUAUGAGAAUACACUCAUAACAAAAUUUUUUGGCCUACAUCGAAUUAAACCUUCAAGUGGUCAAAAGUUUCGCUUUGUUGUAAUGGGAAAUAUGUUCUGCACAGAAUUAAGGAUCCAUCGAAGAUUUGAUUUGAAAGGUUCCUCCUUAGGCCGUUCAACAGACAAGGUUGAAAUUGAUGAGAAUACAACACUCAAAGAUUUGGAUCUAAACUAUUGCUUUUAUUUGGAACCAUCAUGGCGGGAGGCUCUACUAAACCAGAUUGAGAUAGACUGUAAAUUCUUAGAGGCACAGCACAUUAUGGAUUACAGCCUUUUGCUAGGUGUGCAUUAUCGAGCACCUCAGCACCUACGGCCUCUCAUGUCUUACAAUCGAAGUAUUACUGCAGAGGGAUUGGGAAUUCUUGCUGAAGAAGCAGAUGCUUUAGAGGAUGAGAUCUCCAACUAUCCACAGGGCCUUGUUUUAGUCCCUCGUGGAACUGAUGACAAUAGUUUUGUCGUGGGCCCUCACAUUAGAGGUAGUCGACUGCGAGCAUCAUCUGCUGCUGGUGGUGAGGAAGUAGAUCUCCUCCUUCCUGGUACAGCAAGACUCCAAAUUCAACUUGGUGUGAACAUGCCAGCACGGGCAGAGCAGAUUCCAGGGAAAGUGGAGGCACAUAUGUUUCAUGAAGUAUCUGACGUUGUUCUAUACCUGGGUAUCAUUGACAUACUGCAAGACUAUAAUAUGGGCAAGAAGAUAGAGCAUGCAUACAAAUCUCUUCAAUUUGAUUCAUUGUCCAUAUCUUCCGUAGAUCCAACAUUCUACUCCCACCGCUUCUUAGAAUUCAUUCAGAAAGUCUUCCCUUCAAAUGUUCUCACAAGUUAAACCGUGCAUUAAAAGAUAUAUACCGAGAGUUUGUGGUUCAUCCUUUGUGACAAGACCAACAACGAUAAUGAGUUCUUGUAUGAGGAUUGGAGGUUUGUGCUGCGAAGAUGGCAAGGUGACGACACGAGCUGAGCUUCUUCAGGGCAUUAUGUUUGCUUGUGACCGCUUGUUUCGCAUGUUUGGGAUGUGUUUUCAUCAUGUAAAUACUAGUGUAGGUUUAUUUUCUACUAGUUGUUUCUUCCUCUUCGUGCAUGAAAAUUGAGGCAAAACCCCCAUCUUUUAUAGUUUUUCUAGUCUCUUUUUGCCAUUUUUUUUGUUGUACUUAUGGUCCAGGACAGUCUGAAAUGGUAAAGAGGGGUUUAGCAGUA